AUGGCCUUUUACUCUCAAAAGCACAGUGGAACUUGUUUUAAUGGAGAUGACGAAAGUAAGGAAAUUUCGUUCAAGAGAAAGACCAAUGAGAAGAUUGAGAAACAAUGUCAAAACAAUAAGAGUUAUUUAGCAAAUGAUGGAUUAAAUUAUUGGAAGCAUCAUAGUGAGAGACUCGAACAACAUGAAAAUAGUAUUGAGCAUAUGGCUAACAUGAAUAUUUGGAGUGAAUUAAGAGUGAGAUUAAAAACUAAUCAAACACUUGAUAAAGAUUUACAACAAGGAAUUUCAAAAGAGAAAGAACGUUGGAGGCAAGUUUUAAUAAGAAUAGUUUGUGUUGUAAAAUGUCUUGCUAAAAAUAAUUUAGCUUUUCAAGGAUCUAGUGAGAAAAUUUACGAUGAGAAUAAUGAUAGUAUUAGAACUUCUAUUUUAAAGAUCAUCCAGAAGGCAAAGUAUUUAUCUGUUAUUCUUGACUGUACCCCUGAUGGAAGUCAUCAAGAACAAAUGACUCUAAUAGUGCGAUGCAUAAAUAUGUCAAACAACAAAGUAAAAAUAGAAGAGUACUUUUUAGAGUUCUUGAAAGUGGAUGAUACAUCUGGAUUGGGGCUUUUCAAUGAAUUAGUAAAUACAUUGCAAUCUCUAAAGUGGAACAUUGAUGAUGUGAGGGGCCAACGAUAUGACAAUGGUUCUAAUAUGAAAGGAAAACACCAAGGUGUUCCAAAGAGAUUACUUGAAAUAAAUCCUAGAGCUUUAUAUAUGCCAUGCGCUUGUCAUAAUCUUAAUCUUUCUCUUUUUGAUAUGGCACAUUCUUGUGUUAAAGCUAUUUCUUUUUUUGGGAUUGUGCAACUUAUAUAUUCAUUGUUCGCAAGUUCUACCAAAAGGUGA